AUGAAGGGAGCUCUUUUCGCCGCCGCCGCCAUGGUGGGCUCUGCCAUGGCCGACGGUGUUCACCGUCGCCAUGAGGCUUUCCACCAGCGUCGCGAGGCCGCUUCCAACUGGGUCUCCGCCCCUGCUGUCCCCGAGGAGACCUGCGGCUGCACCACCAAGGUCAUCACCUACUACGGCGACGCUACUCUGGUCCCCUUUGAGACUCCUGCUCCUGCUCCCCCCGCCUCUUCUUCUCUCUCUACCUCUUCUCUCUCUACCUCUUCUCUCUCGACCUCGACCAUUGUCGCCAUCCCGACUCCCGUCCCCGAGUCCACCACCACUUCGACCAGCACCGUGCACUCCACUAGCACCAGCACUUUGACUGUGACUGUGUCUGCUUCUUCUUCCCCGGCUCCCGCUCCCUCGAGCACUCCUGCCAACACGCCCGCUGUGGAGCUGCCUACCCCCGGUGUCAGCACCUUCUCGACCACCGGUGUCUACACCAUCCCGGCCACUACCAUUACUGUGACCGAUUACACCACUGUCUGCGGUGCCACCUCCACUGAUGUCCCUAGCGGCACUCACACCUACGGUGGUGUCACUACCAUUGUCGAGACUGCCACCACUGUCACCUGCCCCUACGCCACUGUCAAGCCCUCCGGCAGCACUGUGACCAGCGUCAUUGAGACCACCACCUACGUCUGCCCCUCGGCUGGUACCUACACCAUCGUCCCCCCUACCACCACCUCUGUGCCCACCAGCACCGUCCUGGUCUACCCCACCCCUCAGACCAUCGUCCCUGGUACCUACACUCAGGAUGAGUCCGUUGUGACCGUCACCCGCACCGACUACACCUAUGUCUGCCCCGCUCCCACUGAUGCCCUCGUCUCGACCACCGCUCCUGCUCCUACUGUCCCUGCCAUCACCAGUGCUGAGCCCACUCAAGCUCCUGAGCCCACUCAAGCUCCUGAGCCCACUGAAGCUCCUGAGCCCACUCAAGCCCCCGAGCCCACUGAAGCCCCUGAGCCCACUACCAGCGCUGAGUCCACCAAGCCCGCUGCCUCCAGCAGCACCAGCUCCGCCCCCACCAGCUCCGGUACCCACACUCCUGUCGUCCUCGGUGGAGGUCAGUACGGUAUGACCUACUCUCCCUACACCGCCGGUGGUGACUGCAAGACCAAGCAGGAGGUUUCCAAGGAUCUCACCGAUAUUCAGGGCAAGGGCUUCAACCUGGUCCGUGUCUAUGGCACUGACUGCAGCUCUCUUGAGUUCAUUGGCGAGUCCUGCAAGGAGCUCGGUCUCAGGAUGAUCAUUGGUGUCUUCAUUGACGGUUCCGGCACUGCUGGCGCCCAGGCACAGGUCGACUCUAUCGUCCAAUGGGCCGAGUGGAGCAUGGUCGAGCUCAUCGUUGUCGGUAACGAGGCCGUCCACUCCGGUGCUAUGGACGCUCCCGGUCUUGCCGCCUUCGUCCGGUCCUCUGCCUCCACCUUCAAGAGUGCUGGCUACAGCGGCAAGGUCACCACCACUGAGCCCAUUGAUGUCUGGAAGAACUACGGUGCUUCCGCCCUCUGCAGCGCUGUCGACAUCGUCGGUGCUAACAUCCACCCCUUCUUCAACCCCGAUGUCUCCGCCGAGAAGGCCGGUGACUUCGCCAAGCAGGAGUUCGAGCUCCUCGACAAGGUCUGCGGUGGCAAGGAGGUCGUCAACCUCGAGACUGGUUGGCCCAACGCUGGUAACUCCAACGGUGCUGCCAUUCCCGGUAAGGCCGAGCAGGCUACUGCUAUCAAGGCCAUCGCCGAGGCCGUUGGUUCCAAGUCCAUCUUCUUCUCCUACUCCGACGACACCUGGAAGAACCCCGGUGACUUCAACGUCGAGCAGCACUGGGGAUGCUCUGAAGUCUUCUAA